AUGUUUCUAUCAUGUCUUUCGUGGGCUGCCCGAGGGUAUCAAAUUUACCUGAUUUGCGAUUCCAGAGCCCGGUACGACGGCUUCAGCGUGAGUGUCGGGGAUUCGUCAUCGCGGACAGUAAAUAGUGGGGAGAUCCGCCUCUUUUGCCGCUUACUUCUUGGCAGCCAAAACCCUUUGGCGAUUCGGGAUUCGAGUGUAUUUCCUUGGAGGAGAAAGCGGGAAUGUCACGACUAACUGUUCUUCUUCUGAUCGCCUUUAUGUGCACAAUGUUGAUGGUCUCAGUCAGGCCAUCGCCCAUCCAUCAACAGCCCCUCAACACCGACGUUUAUCUUCGGUUCAGGCGGAAUGCACAAAACAGCCGUAAGUUUUAUUUUUUAUUAUCCCUGAGGGCAAAUAAGACUAGUAAUUAGCAUAGUACUUUUAUCAUUAAUGAAUUAAUUGGAUUCUGAAUUUGUAGAUGACAUCUUAUCAUCUUUAGUGUUGUACUUUUGGAUGAUUGAGAGAGUAAAUACGGACUUCUUCAGUUAGAGCUCUGGCUUUUGUAAUCUCAGAGAGACUAGUGAUGUAAUGCCGACAAGUGCAAAAAAGGGUUGUGUAAUAUAGUGUUUGCAUUUUCCGUGAUGCAAUAAAUCGAAAUACGAUGCCUUUGACGUUUUUCAAGGACAUUCAAAAUUCCAAAUUUCCCACGGAUCUGUUUAACAUCUAUAAUAGGUAUAUACCUUAGCUGUACCGGAGAAAACAAAAUCCAGAAAUAGCACUAGGCAUUACUUGCCAGUUUACAUAAUGCAACGUUUUACGUGAUAUAUUAUAGAAUACAUAAAUGUUUAAUCAUCGUAUUUCAGGGCCCACCCGAGCAGAUGAGUAUGUUCAGCCGUUCAUCAGAUUCCGUAAGAAUUACCAGUUGCCGUAUGACGUCUCAUUCGACUACGUCCCAUACAUGACGCGGAUCUAA